UGCUGGCGAUGAGGUGGGGGGAGCCCCCAGCCAGGCUUCCUGAGCUGCACAACCACCACUUCCCAGAUAAAAAGUAUCGCCCGGAGGAGCCACAGCAGCUCCCAGGGCGCUGGGAAGGGCCGAGUACUGCACGUGUGGCCCCGGCACGGGGGUUGCAGGAUGGCAACCUGCCUGUGCUGGGGCUGGCUGCUCUCGCUGAUCCCGGCCAUCCUGCUCAGCCUCCGCAGCCCACCGCCAGCCCCCGAGCCAGUCUCAUCCCAAGACGCUGCACUGCUGGCAGGGGUGUCCGAGGACAUCCUCUGUUUCUCCCGCUCCUUCGAGGACCUCACCUGCUUCUGGAACGAGGAGGAGGAGGCAACAAGUGGAAUGUGCCACUUCUACUACUGGUAUAGCAGGGAUAUGCCCACAGCAUGCGUGGUCUCCACGUGGUACCGAGGGGCUGGCGGGAAGCGGCACGUCUGUGUCUUCCCCAGCCAGGACGUGCGGCUCUUCACCCAGCUCCACCUCCACGUCCUGGAUGCCACCACAAACCAGACAAAGUACCGGCGGGAGCUCAGCGUGGACGCGGUGGGUCUCAUCGCCCCUCCAGUGAACAUCACAGCCCGCUGGGCUGGGGCUGCAGGGCAGCUCUGCGUGUCAUGGCAGCCACCGCUCGCCGACUACCCAAACUUCUUCCUCUACGAGGUGCAGUGCUGCCCUGCCAGCUCCCCAGGGAUGCCCUGCAGCACCACAUGGAACCCCAGUGGGGAGCACCCUGGGGACCCCUCCAUCCAGUCAACCAUCAGCACCCAAACACCUAGGGCUGGGGCAGCCACAGCCUCCCUGGGAGUGGGGCAGGGGCUGGUCCAGGCCAACACCUGGGUGGUGCUCCGGGACCUGCAGCCAGGGCUGAGGUACCACAUCCAGGUGCGCAGCAAGCCCGACGGCACCUCCAUGGAUGGCGUCUGGGGGCCCUGGUCGCAGGCAGUGGCUGCGGAGACACCCCGCUCCUCCGGAGACAUCGGGCUGUGCUGCAGCACCCCUGACCUGCAGAAUGUGCGCUGCGAGUGGACCUGGGACCCCGCAGAGCCCCGCAGCUCCCACCAGCUCUUCUACCGGCCACCUCCAAGCGGGGCUGGCACAAGGGAAGCUGCAUGGCAGCAGUGCGAGGAAGUGAGCAUGGGGGCACAGGGCACCCACACCUGCACCUUCCAGCCCAGGGCUGGCAGUGCCAUCUCUGUCCUGGUGAACAUCACCCAGGCCCAGAUGCUGCCCACGCUCAGCUUCUUCAAGGAGCCCUUCUGGCUGCACCAGGCUGUGCUCACAGACGCCCCGCAGCUCGUGCAGGCGACAGCAUUGCAGGGCCGUCUGAGCCUGCAGUGGCUCCCGCCCCUGGAGGUGCUGGCAGAGCAGUUGGACUACCAGAUCCGCUACGCCGUGGAGAACAGCCAUGACUGGAAGGUCCUGCAGGUUCCACGGGCAGCCAGGAAAGAAGUCCUGGACCUCCGGCCAGGCAGCCGCUACCAGGCCCAGGUGCGGGCCCAGCCCGGCGGGCCGUGGUACCGGGGCAGCUGGAGCGCCUGGUCCGAGCCUGUUGUGGUUGAUGCCAUGGCCGAUGCGGGCUGGAUCAUCCCCAGCGUUACGGUGGCGCCGCUGCUCUUCACAGCGGUGCUCCUGGGGCUGCGGUGCACCUUCCCCUCCCUCUACAGCAACGUGAAGCAGAAACUCUGGCCGCCCGUCCCUGACCUGCACCGUGCCCUGGGCAGCUUCCUCCAGGAGAGCAGCAAGCACGGCCAGGCCAGCGCCUUCGAGAAGCAGCCGCCGGAGGAGGCCGUGCUGCCCUGCCUGCUGGAGGUGCUGCCGGGCCCGCGGGGCGAGGCGGGCCCACCGCCGGAGCACGCUGGAGGCCGCCUGCCCAGCACCGACAUCGCCAACCAGUCCUACCUGCUCAUGAGCGGCUGGGAGCCGCGGGGGGCCGCGACUGCCCCCGCCCCGCCAUAA